AUGGAGCCCAUUAUUGAAGGGGCCUGUGGCCCAGCCUCCCAGGCUCACACCCCUGAGCCCAUUCACCAGUUACUCCAGGACCCUCCCCGGGUUAGCUCCCAAUGGGGCUGUGAGCAGGCCUCCCAGGAUGCCCCAAGACUCUCCCCCAAUGGCCCUCUUCAGAGCCCCAUUGCCAGAGCCCAGCCACAUCUCAUCAUGGAGGACGGGACCCUGGCUCUACCUGUGCAGACGCACAGUGACAGCAGCACCAUCAGUGACGUGACCCAGCAUGGACCCUGCCAUCCCCGGCUUCAGGUGCAGGUUGUGGGGGAGGGCAAGGCCCCAUCCAAAGUCCUGGUGGGCUGGGGCAAAGGCUCCAGCAUCGCUGACCAGAUGGCUCCCUUGGGCACUAGAAAGAGCCGGUGGCUACCCUACUUCCCCUCAGGGGAGGAUAGGGCAGCUAUAGCCCAGGGUCCUCUUCCAGCUCCAGCUCAGGUUCCUGCCCAGGUUCCAGCCCAAGGUCAGGGCCAAGGCAAGUGCCCAUGCCCAGCUCAAGCUACAGCUUCUUCUACGUCGCUGCCACCUUCAACUCCAGCUCGAGCUACUACUCCAGUUCUGGAUGUGGCCCCAAUGCCCGUUGUGAUUGAACCUUAUACCUGUACCCUUGGCAACCUGACUGACACCAUUGCCAUCACCAAGAAUCUGUCCCAAGAUCUCCCACUCAGGAAGUGUGGCAACCAAUGGUCAGUCCCCUUGGAGUCUUCCAAAAUGGGCACAUCCUGCCAGGACAAAGUGAGUUUCCAGCCUCAGGAGGAGUCUCUCACCCCACCAUCCACUCCAGUGGGGGCCCCAGACCAUGUCCAGGAGCACAAGGUUACUAGAAGACAAACGUUACCCAAGCAACCUGAGAAACUGGUGGUGAAGCUCCUGGUUGGACCAUGCAACCCAACACCAGGCCCAGAGCUCCCAGGUACCCCCAAGCCCCAGAGGAUUGGCCAAGAGGGCUGCAACUCUCAGCCAGACCAGCAGCCCCUAAACAUCUGCAACAACACCUAUGCCAAUGUGCCACUGCCUACCUACCAAGGAACCUGCCACAGGCAGCCUCCAGUCGAGUCUCCCAGGGAAGCCGUGCAGAUCCCCCCUUCCAGUGCACCCACCUGCCAGCUCCGGGAAGCCAUGGAAGACCGUGUGCUGGUGUUUGAUAUGGCCACGGGCAACACAAGGAUGGGGCUGCUGUGCCAUGACCCCAUGGGCUCACAGGCAGUGCUGGUGGGCGUCAUGCCCAACCGCCCAUCCAUCUACAUCCCUGAGAAUACACAAUCAUUGGCCAUGCCCAUCCACUCCCCUGAUAACAAUCGCUCCAGCUUCUGGUCCACCACACCCAUGCUGUCCAGCCCCGUGCCUUCUAGUCUCUCAUCUGGCAGCUACCGAGAGGUAGCCCUACUUCCCAAAGAGGCUAGGAUCCACCUGGAGUCACAGAACUCUCCUGGUACUGAGACUCCCAUCAGGGUCGGAAUGCUUACUGGGCCCAUCCCACUGGCGAUACCACUCCAGUUUGGUGAGAGGAUACUGACUCAUGUCCCCAAUCCUGGCUGGUCUAAACCCGAUGCAGAAAAAAAUGAACCCAGUCAUACCAUCUGGGUGCUGGACACCUCCAGGAUGCCAGAUGCCUCCAUGGUCCAGACCAAGAAACUGCAGUGGAUAAACUCAGAGCAGAUCCCAGAGCCUGCUCCACCAGCCAAUCCACAGGAAGUACCCAGAACCCAGUUUCAGGAGGACAUGACCAGUCAUAACCGGAAAGAGGUCACUACUGUGCACCUCGACAAUCCUCUAGCUGAAGGUGCUGGGAAGUCCCCUCUCACUGGUCAGCACCCCCUAGCUGAGCAGCCCUGCCUUGCCAGGAAGAUUCCCCCUGCUGGCCAGCCUCUUCUUGCUGACCAGCUGCCCAGCACUGAGCAGCCCUCUAUCACUGGUCAGGCCCUCCACACUGGGCAGACACAGCCCCCCUCCACCAAGGAGCCUCCCCUUCCUGGUCAGCUCCCCCUCACAGGGCAGCCUCUUCUCACUAGGCAGGUAACUCUCACUGGGCAGCCACCCUUUUCCAGAGAACCCCUUUCCACCAAAGACCCCCCUCCCUCAAAAGCAUCCCGUAUCACUAGGGAGCCUGGACAGGCCUCCACCCUGUGCCAGGAAGGUGAGUCCCUAGGCCUGCCUACUCAAGUGAGGGUACUUCAGGUGCCCCUGGCCCCUGAGGAGACCUGUAUCUAUGUGAGCCGAGAGAAGGUCAGCAUCGGGGCCACUCAAAGUUCCAGCAUGCAUCAGCUUGCAUGGCAUUCUGGUAGCCCCCCCAGGGCCCAGGAGGAACAGCUUUCCCUGAUCACAUUCACCACGCCUGGCACUGGCUGCAAGGUCUUGCCCAUGACCAUGGUGGGCACUGAGCCCCAAGGUACCCGACUCAAGAUGACAGCUGAAGACAUCACACAGUCCUCAGUGGUUGCACGCCUCGGCCUGCUCCAUGAGACAUGCAAUGAGCUGGUGUCCACCAUGGAUGCUCUGCCAGUGCAGUCCCCAGUGAUCUGCCGCCACUCCCUGGGCACCUACCAGGACAUGGCAGCCAUAGUGAUAGACACAGGCACAGGCUUCACCAAAUGUGGACUGGCUGGGGAGAACCAUGUCCUCAGUGUGGUGCCCUCACGUGUCCAACUGCUGCAGCACUCAGCCCAGGGCCAGCCCCGGUACGUGGUACCUGAGAACCAAGAGGGCUCCUACCCAGUGCUGAACAGAGGUGUGAUCUCUGACUGGGAUGCACUGGAAGUGUUGUGGCAACACCUGUUCUACUGCAGGCUGGGCGUGCAGCCUGAGGAGCUGGCUGUGCUUGUGGCGGACUCACCUAUCUCACCGCGCACCAACCGAGAAAAGGUAGCUGAGAUACUCUUUGAGCGUUUCCAUGUGCCUGCCAUGCAGACAGUACAUCAGGCCCUCUUGGCGCUCUAUGCUUAUGGGCGCACCACUGGGCUAGUACUGGGCAGUGGCUAUGGCACCUCCUAUGUGGCACCCAUCCUCACUGGGGACCUGGCCCCACCUGACACCUACCGGCUGGAUGUUGCUGGUUGUGACCUUACUGAAUACUUGGCUCAGCUGCUGCUGGCAGGUGGCCACUCACCGCCCAAGGCAGGACUGGUCAACCAGAUUAAGGAGGCCAGCUGCUAUGUGACCAUGGAUAUGGCAGCUGAGAUGGCCUGCACCCAGGCCCAGGCCCCGGUGGACUUUGUUCUCCCAGACAAGCAGGUCAUCACACUGGGCUCUGAGCGCUUUCGUUGCCCUGAGGCCCUUUUCCAGCCCAGCCUGCUAGGCCUCAGCCAGCCGGGCCUCCCACAGCUGGCUCUCCUAAGCAUCAGCCGGCUGGAGGCCAAGCAACAAGAGCAGCUGCUGGCCAACGUGGUGCUGGAUGGUGGCAGCACCAUGUUGAAUGGUUUUCCUGAGCGCCUGAGACAGGAGCUGGGCCCCCGUGCCACUGUACUAGGCUCUCCCCACCGUGCUAUCGCUGCCUGGCUUGGGGGCUCUAUCAUGGCAUCCCGGGACUCCUUCCAGAGCCUGUGGCUCAGCCGUCGUGAGUAUGAGGAAGAGGGCCCGUGGGCCAUCUAUAAGUACCAUCUGUGAGCAUGUAAAAGUUAUGGUUCUGCUUACUUUGAACAC